AUGACUGCUGUAGUUUGUCGAAAGAGAUCUUUCUUGGAAGAUAUUCAAUCGCCGUCUCCCCUGCCCAUCACCAAGAAGCUCCGCUGCUUUUCCCUGCCUCAUCCCGUUCAGGUUUCACCGCGGCAGCAGCGGCCAACCUCGCCAACCCUUCUUGAUCGGCCGAUAAUUGCUUUUCCUGACAUGGAUCGUGAGCAUCUUGAGAAAGCAGUGGAAGAAUGCGGCAGUAGCGACUUGGAUUCCACUAUUAAAAAGCUGCAUGAGCUUCGCCUUGGAUGUCAAGCAACCAUGUCGAGAGAUGUUUGCACGGCGAGCAAUAUUCUUCCUGUCGAUGGAGCGGGAUAG